CCAAAAUGCCACCAAACGCAGAAACAGUCGAUGGUUCUGGCUCUGAAAUACCACCCUCAGAGCCAUUCGAAUCGGCCAGUCAUAAAGCAGAGGAACCCGAAUCCAUAGCUCAACAGGCCGAAGAGCAAAGAGUUAAUAAAUUGCCAGAAGUAACGACUUUAGCACCCGCAACAUCAACAGCCGAACCAGAAGAAGAAACAACAACAAAAUCGGUACUCAAAAAAGUCGAAGAUGUUGGCGAAAAAGUCACAGAAGUUAUUGCUGAAAAAACUGGCAUACCCACCUGGGGUGUGGUGGCCAUUAUUAUCCUGGUAUUCCUUGUCGUAUUCGGCAUCAUAUUCUUUUGUGUGCGGCGAUUUUUGAAAAAACGACGAACCAAAGACGGUAAGGGUAAGAAGGGUGUUGAUAUGAAAUCGGUACAAUUGUUAGGAUCGGCGUAUAAAGAAAAAGUUCAGCCUGAUAUGGAGGAACUCACCGAAAAUGCUGAAGAGGGCGACGAAGAGGAUAAACAGAGUGAACAGAAAUUGGGACGACUGAAUUUCAAGCUGGAAUAUGAUUUCAAUGCCAACAGUUUGGCAGUAACUGUUAUACAAGCUGAAGAAUUGCCAGCCUUGGAUAUGGGCGGUACAUCAGAUCCCUACGUUAAGGUCUAUCUAUUGCCCGACAAAAAGAAGAAGUUCGAAACCAAAGUGCAUCGUAAAACUCUUAGUCCUGUCUUUAAUGAAACAUUUACAUUUAAGAGUUUACCCUAUGCCGAUGCCAUGAACAAGACUUUAGUAUUUGCCAUAUUCGAUUUCGAUCGAUUCUCCAAACAUGACCAAAUUGGUGAAGUAAAGGUUCCACUGUGUACCAUCGAUUUGGCGCAAACCAUUGAAGAAUGGCGUGAUUUGGUUAGCGUUGAAGGUGAAGGCGGUCAGGUAUGUAAUAUUUUAAAAGAACGAU